AUGAUUUAUCGCUUGCAGAGGACGCUCGAACUAGCUUCACUUCUAGCAUUGGCCAGUCUGGCAGAUUGUGCAACCUGGGCGUCUUACCAAUCCCGGCCAGAUAUUAACGCUCCGAUUCUUGAUGUCAGCUUCAAGAAUGAUAGUCUCAUAACCCCGGGGUACAUCUUCCUUGCCCCUUACUUUGGGGAUGUGCCAGGGCCUAAUAUCUAUGACACGAACGCAGGAGUCCAGAUACGUGGCUACGCGAAAGGGCGCCAUGAGAUCGUGGACAGCAAAUACAAAUCCGUCACCUCCGUCCAGAGCGGCAAUGGCCUGGAGAUGAGCGACAUGCACAAAUCCGCCGUCAUCAACGGAACGAGUAUGCUCAUCACGAUCUAUCAGCCCCGGACCACCGAGCUUUCCGCAUACCACAUCACCGCCAACCCUGGGUGGGUGAUCGAUGGGGUCUUCCAAGAGAUCGACAUUGAGUCUGGGGACGUCCUCUUCCAGUGGAGCUCUCUCGACCACGUCUCCCUCGCCGAAUCCUACACCCCACCGAGCUCCAACAUGAUCGUCGGGGACGGACAAAGCAACGCUUUCGCAUGGGACUACUUCCAUAUCAACUCGAUCGACAAGAACGCCGACGGCGAUUACCUCGUCUCCGCCCGCCACACCAGCGGCAUCUACAAGAUCUCCGGCCGCGACGGCUCCAUCAUCUGGCGGCUGGGCGGCAAGCAGUCCUCCAUCCAGCUGCAGAACUACAACUUCUCUUCGCAGCACGACGCCCGGUUCCACGAGGAGAAUGACACCAACCACCAUCCUCUCCUUCCUAACAAGAACGUAUUGAUCGGAUGGGGCAGCACAACUUCCAUCUCCGAGCACCUGGAGGAUGGCACCUCGGUGUUUUUCGCCACGAUUGCGGACAAGCAUUCGAUGAAUUACCGGGCGUAUAAGUUCAACUGGACGGCCGCCCGCCGUGCGUGCGUACAGUCCGGCCCCCGGGGCAGCUGGCACGACCUUUUGGAUGAGCUGGAAUGGGGCUACGGAGGUCGAUUACUGGAAUCUCUACGCUUCUACUACCGCUGCACCAGAUCAAAUCACCUUUUUAGCCAAUGCGGACAGUCUCGGCUUCCAGACAACGUAUACGAGCUCUACCUACCAUUUGAAAGUAUUCACGCAGCCGUUGGGAGGAAUGGGGCGAGUUUGGCUAACUCGUUGACGGUCGAUACUUCCUCGACGCUGCCAGGUCGAGAUGACUUUCUUGCGGACGAGUUCAAACUCAUUGCAGGAGUCACAAUCGCGCACAGAAUACAACUUCGUUACAAUGGUCAUGAGGACUGUCGAAGAACUUGA